CGAGAAAGGGCCCGGAGGCUUUGGGAUCCCGACGGGUUGGGGGCGCAGGGACGGAGCCCAGUGUGGAGGCCCGGCUCCCGUAGGCUGCGCGGCACCUGGCUGCCUACCGAACAGUAAAGGGACAUAGCAGUCCCAACCGCGGCUCCAAACGCCACCUCUGGCACGUUUUCUUUAAAAUAAGAGGGCUGGGGAAAUAAUAAUAAUACAAUUAGAGGGUUGGCCCAGAACCGUGGUUCUCAAAGCUUGACUGCGUAUUAGAAUCAUCUGGAGAGCCUCUAAGUCUCCAGGACUGAGGCGCACCACCUUAUGUAAUCUCUUUGGGCAAUUCCUGCGCUGAAGUUGCGAGCUGACGGCUUUUCUCGCCGCCUUCCUCUGCCCCAGCGGCGACCCUGCGUCCCUCUGGGUGGUGGUGGUGGUGGUGGCAGUUGCUGCCUGAGCUCCUGGGCGAGCGCAGGCGUUUCUCUGGAGAACCCGACCUCUCUCCCGUCCUAUGCGAGUUUCCCCCAGCUUGGAGAAGGGCGCGGAUAGCAGCCCGAGAGUGGCUAGUGUAGUGUGGAUAGGGAGAGGGAAGGGGAACUCGGUUUUCUCCAGCCUGGGGUGGAGGCGACGUCCCCAGAAACCGGCACUGCAGCUGCAACCCAAGGAGGUCCCUCCUGAGGUGCCCCUGACCGUCCCUGCCCCACCCCACCCCGGAUCCCGGCAAUGCUAACCGCUGUCUGCGGCUCUCUGGGCAGCCAGCACCCGGACGCGCCUCACGCCUCCCCGCCGCGCCUCGACCUGCAGCCGCUCCAGACGUACCAGGGCCACACGAGCCCGGAGGCCGGGGACUACCCCUCCCCGCUGCAGCCGGCAGAGCUGCAGAGCCUCCCGCUGGGCCCGGAGGUGGACUUCUCCCAAGGCUAUGAGCUGCCGGGGGUCUCCUCGCGGGUGACCUGCGAGGACCUGGAAAGUGACAGUCCCUUAACUCCGGGACCCUUUUCCAAGCUCCUGCAACCGGACAUGUCGCACCAUUACGAAUCGUGGUUCCGGCCGACCCACCCGGGCACGGAGGACGGCUCGUGGUGGGACCUUCAUCCGGGCACCAGCUGGAUGGACCUCUCCCACACCCAGGGCGCCCUCACUUCCCCUGGCCACCCGGGGGCGCUCCAGGCAGGCUUGGGGGGCUACGUCGGCGACCACCAGCUUUGCGCCCCGCCGCCCCACCCGCACCCGCACCACCUCCUCCCGGCCGCCGGGGGGCAGCAUCUCUUGGGGCCGCCCGACGGAGCUAAGGCCUUGGAAGCGGCGGCGCCCGAGUCCCAAGGGCUGGAUUCCAGUCUGGAUGCGGCGGCCCGACCCAAAGGCUCCCGGCGAUCUGUGCCCCGCAGCUCGGGCCAGACCGUGUGUCGCUGCCCCAACUGCAUGGAGGCCGAGCGACUGGGGACCCCGUGCGGGCCCGACGGGAGCAAGAAGAAACAUUUGCACAACUGCCACAUCCCGGGCUGCGGGAAAGCCUACGCCAAGACGUCGCACCUGAAGGCGCACCUGCGCUGGCACAGCGGCGACCGUCCCUUCGUGUGCAACUGGCUCUUCUGCGGCAAGCGCUUCACGCGCUCCGACGAGCUGCAGCGCCACCUGCAGACGCACACGGGCACCAAGAAGUUUCCCUGCGCCGUGUGCAGCCGCGUGUUCAUGCGCAGCGACCACCUGGCCAAGCACAUGAAGACCCACGAGGGCGCCAAGGAGGAGGCGGCGGGGGCGGGCCCGGGCGAGGCCAAGGCCGGGGGCACGGUGGAGCCGCCGGGGGGCAAAGGCAAGCGGGAGGCCGAGGGCAGCGCGGCGCCCUCCAACUGAGCUGCCCCUGGCGGCCAUCUCCCCGCGGGCUCCGUGGGCGCAUCCAGAGAGCCUGGUGUGGGGGGUGAUGCUUACGUAAGGGGGAGAUGGUUAUUUAUUGAGCAGGGGCGGGGAUGGACGCAGGGGGGUUGUUAGCUUUUGGGACGUGGGGGGCUGGGCUGCCAGACCCCUCGGUCGGUCCCUAGGGGCUGGGAGCUGGGAAUGGGCACCGCCCGCCCCCGCCCCCCCUGCGCGCCUAGGGCUGGCAGGGCCGGCGGGAGAGAGGAUGGCGCGUCCCCGAGCUGAGUGGGGCCGGUCUGGGGCGCUGGGGCAGCUGUCUGGACACGUCCUCAGCGCCUGGGAACCCCGACUUAAAAGCGCCUGCGGAGCUGCCUUGCGGCCUGGCCCCUUUCAUCCCCUCCCCCAGCUCCCGCCCCUGGGGUUUGCAGAGGGAGAGCUGGGCGCCUUGGGGUCCGCCUGCCUGGGUCCUCUUAGGAGGGGUGGCUUUGUGGCUUGGAGGGUGGUGGAUGUAGAAGUAGGUCUUUUGGUGUCGCCACCCUGUUAAUUCUUCCGGAUCUUUGUGAUGGAGCACCGUGGGAAGAGGGGACAGUUGUCCAACCAGCACGAUGGGUGCAGGACAGAGUUAGAUGGGAGGCAGAAGCGGCUGAGCGGCAGGUCCCCUUCUAAAAACAAACAAGAGAAGGGAUUUGGCGGGGAAAUGGAAGGAAGGAACCCUCUCCUUCACCGACUCUGACUCAGCCCUUAGCUCUUGGGUUCUGAUCAAAUUCACAUUCCCCAUCUAUGCCCCCAGGUCGGUGUUUAAGGCUCUGAAAUUGGUGUCGGUCUUUACACUAGGUUCCCACGCUCUACCUUCCCCCAGACAGAUGGGAGGAGGGGGCAGGCUUCUCCUGCUCCCUCCCCUCCCCACCAGCUAAGCCAAGGCCUCCUGCCCCCGCUGAAGAUCUGCCCUGCCCCUUCUGUAUGAAGGACCCCCCCCCCCCAGGGAUUCAGGAAGCUGCCCCGUCCCUCCCUGGCCCUUUAGGUUUUAGAAAUACAUAUAGAUUCUGAUGGGGGGCGGGACAGGGAGGGGAGAAGCCCUGGCGGAGGCUGAGCCAGGUGAGGGGAAGGAAGAGGAUACAGGAGGGACUGGCAGGCCAGGGGACCCUGGAGCUGGGGACAUCCCGGGCCUGCCGCCCAGGCCUCUGGUCCCUCUGACCUUCCGGUCCCCUUGCUCCCCUCUCCACCUAGAGCCCUCUGCAGGGAUUAGCUGUGUAUUGAGUUUUAAGUUAUGAGCGAAGGGUAUUUUAUUUAAUAUUAGGGCAUGUGUGUGAGUGUGUGUGUGAAUGUGUGUGCAUGUUUCUCUACUGAGCCUGGGGUCUCCUGAGACUCCAUUUUGUCCACUCUGUCCACUGGGGGUGCUGGGACCCUGUCCAAGGACUACAAGCUCCACAGGAAGCAGGGGCUGCAAUGGGGGUAGGAAAUGUGUCUGUGUCAAAGGCCCCUCUUGAAAAGGGACAGGGUGGCACUGCAUUCCCUGUGGGACUCCGGCCUGGGAUAGUGUAAGAAGUAAGCUUCUUUCUUUGUGCUCCCUUUUUUUUCCCCAGCUCCUGCUCAUCCACCCGAGUUCCCUUCCUGGAAGAGAGGAUGGGCAGGGAGAGGUGUUGAGCCCUAUGCAUGCAUGCUGCCCGGCCGGCCAGCGGGAGGGGAGAAAGGAGGGCACCGGGCACCGUGGGUGUGGGCGUGGGGUGCCUUCCCCUCCACCCAUCGAAACCGAUCGCCCCCGCUGUGCCACCACUAUGGCCUUUCCAGUGACCAUUCUAAGGGGAUCUGCCAGAUGGGUGUUGGCGUGGGGGUAUGCAUGCUCCCCCUUCUAGAGGGCCUGGCCCGCAGGUUUACAGGUGGGGGCUUUGGAUAGGUUUUCUUCUGCUCCCUUGUUGGAUAGAUCUAGGUUUCUCAGCUGCUUGCCCUUGUAGGCAGCCCCCCUAGAGAAAAAUGUAGGAUUUUUGUUCUUUGCUGUGAACCCACUUUGGGGGGAGGAAGAGGAGGAAGAAGAAACAGCCUCUGUUUUUCAUGCAACAAUAAAGUCCUCAGCAGCAUCA